GACAAGUACUCUACACACUGCUUAACAGAAACUUGUCCCAUCCUGCCCGGGCAUUAGCAUAGCUUCAAAGAUGCCUCAGUUGCUGCGAAAUAUCCAUGGGAUCAUCGAAGCCUUCGGGUGCUAUGCCAGGUCAGAGGGUGGCUGCAAAGUACUCACGAAGCAGGAGCUGAAGAGGCUUCUGGAAUAUGAGUUUGCCGACGUCAUAGUGAAGCCCCAUGAUCCUGCAACUGUGGAUGAAGUUCUGCACCUGUUGGAUGAAGAUAACACAGGAACUGUAGAAUUCAAGGAAUUCUUGGUCUUGGUGUUUAAAGUUGCCCGUGCCUGCUUUAAGACACUGAAUGAGAGUCCUAAGGGUGCUUGCAUGUCUGACAAGUCUGAAAGCUGCCAUGUUGGAUCUUCCAAAGAGCUGGAGCAAGGACAGAGGGGUGGUGCUGAAGUGGCAAAGGAUGGAGCAGCACAGCACUGUGAAAACAGCAGUUGUGGACAGAGAGAUCAGGCUUCUAGAGGACAGGACAGGGUGGGGACACAUACCCAGCAUCAGGACAGCUACCCUACAUGGGUCAGCAGUCAUGACAGGCAGGCUGAGUCUCAGACACAGGAGAUGAUAAGCCAGCAAACACAAGUGACAGGACCAGUGGAACAGACCCCAAAAAUAGAAGACAAGAGUUGCAUCGGACAGAAGAGAUCAGAGAGACAACCACAGAUCAGCCAACAGACAGAUGAGAUCACAACUGAAUCCACAACUCAGACCCAAGCAGGCACCUUCUACACACAGGGAUCUACCUGUGAUCAGAACAGAGGAACAAACAGCCUUACCCAAGACAGAAGUCAGACAGACCAAGCUUCUACACAACACUACCAGACACGGGCAGGGUCUCAUACUCAGAUACACAACCAGACGGUGGAACAGGGCUGGGGACAGCAGACAGGAAAAAACAACAUCCAAAUACAGGGAUCUAUCUAUGACCAGAGCAGAGAGACUGAGAUUCGUGGCCAAGAUAGGAACCAGGCAAGCCAGACUGCUAAAGAACACCACCAGGCACAGGCAGAGUCAUAUACUCGGGCGCACACUCAGACAAUGGAACAAGGCAGGAGCCAGCAGGAAGAAAAUGGCAGUAUCCAGACUCAUGCUUCCAUCUGUGGCCAAAACAGAGGAACCAAGAUCCAUGAGCAAGAAAGCAAUCAGGUAGAACAGGUGGGAACAGGACACUGCCAGACACAGGCAGGAUCAGAUGCCCAGACUUUGGAGCAUAAUGGGAGCCAUUCUGCACGACAAGUAGUGGCUCAAGAAAAGGGACAAAUGCAGACACAGUCAUGCAUGGGGCAAAGCUGGACACCAGUGAGCAACUAUGAGACAGGAGAGCCAGUGCUAGGACAGGUCCAGACUGAGAUAGACACUGUUAAAGAAAGACAACCGUGGAACAGCAAUCACCCAAGUCUGGCAGGAAGGCAGGGAGAAAGAAGCCCCACAGUGGUUAGAGAGGAGUGGGUCAAUGACCACACAAGAGAAAUAGUGAUCCGAAGCCAGGAUCCAGGCAGCCUGCACUCUGGUGCUCCUUCAGCUCAGGGCCAGGAUACAGCACAGAUGGAGAAGAAAGGAAUCACAGCCAAGGGAUUAUAUUCGUACCUGAAGACAGAGCAGCCAUGACUUCUCCUGACUCCAGUGCCCAUACCAAAAGACAGCUGCAGUGAGGUUGGCCUGCCUUGUCCUGUGCUGCCCUGUCACAGCACUUCACUGGACAGCUAUGAUUCUUCUCAUUUGGUUCUUUUUCAGCAAUCAUUUCUACAAGGUGAUUUCUUGUCUAAACUUACCUCUCUUGCCCGGUGCUCUCAGAAACUCACCUCUCUUAUCUGCUACUCUCAGGAACAGGAAGCCAUGGAGGAGGUCAUCUCAUUGCACUGAAUUUCUUCCAACUUUCAGGGGGUUUCAAAGCUGUUUUAUCUCUGCUAUCGGUCCAUUGCAUCAAUAAAGGCUUAGCAGCUGG